UGCGCUUAGGUGAAUGGUCCAUCAGCUACCCCGCCUGGGAGAAAGGGAUCACAAACCCCAUCUGAACUCAUGCUGGCUUUUUCCACAGCUUCCUGGAACGGAUUGACAGCGUCAGCCUGGUUGACUACACGCCCACGGACCAGGACCUCCUCAGAUGCAGGGUUCUGACCUCGGGGAUUUUCGAGACACGAUUCCAAGUGGACAAAGUGAACUUCCAUAUGUUCGAUGUUGGUGGCCAGCGGGAUGAGAGAAGAAAAUGGAUCCAGUGCUUCAAUGACGUCACCGCCAUCAUCUACGUGGCUGCCUGCAGCAGCUACAACAUGGUGAUCCGUGAAGACAACAACACCAACAGGCUGAGGGAGUCCCUGGACCUCUUCGAGAGCAUCUGGAACAACAGAUGGUUACGGACCAUUUCUAUCAUCCUGUUCUUGAACAAACAAGAUAUGCUGGCAGAAAAAGUCUUGGCAGGGAAAUCAAAAAUCGAAGACUAUUUCCCAGAGUACGCAAACUACACUGUUCCUGAAGAUGCAACACCAGAUGCGGGAGAAGACCCCAAAGUGACCCGAGCCAAGUUCUUUAUCCGGGAUCUCUUUUUGAGGAUCAGCACAGCCACGGGCGACGGCAAGCACUACUGCUACCCCCACUUCACCUGCGCCGUGGACACGGAGAACAUCCGCCGCGUGUUCAACGACUGCCGCGACAUCAUCCAGCGGAUGCACCUCAAGCAGUACGAACUCUUGUGAGACCCCGCCCCGCCCCACCGCGCCGCCCCCUGCUCCCUUCUACCCCACGGGUGGAGCGCCCCUGUGGACUGCGUGUCUGUCGCCCCAUGCCACGGUAGGACGUAGUUUUUAGUGUCACCUGGCCACCGUCUGUCCCAUCCUGGUACAUCCCGUGUGUGACCGACCACCAAGCCUCCGGCUACCUCUGUGCCCCCUGACGCCAGGUUUGGUUCCGUAGCUUUCUGUUCUCACUGAGCACAGCCUGCCACAGGUUCCCUGUGGCUCACCGGUUUGUGUCACGGCAAAUGCCCACUAUGACAGGAUUGACACUGCAGUGAAAUCUCCCUGGGCCGGGGCUCCUUGUACUCACUCCCUCAUCCACCGAUCAGCAAGGAGAGUUGGUAGACAAGGAGAAAGCACACAUGAUUGCAAAGUAUGUGUACAGUGCUGUGCACCAUGACUGUCCCAUCACCCUGCGCACACACACACACACACACACACACACACAAGGCUACAGGCUAACAGGUGGCCGGCCCUUCCGAUCCACACCAUCCAGGACUUAGGGUAGACCCCAAGGGAUAGGGUGACAAGAAACCUUUUUCCAUCACACUGACAGUGGCUGCCAGCUUCGGGCAUUUGAAUUAGAGUUACUUGGCAGAAAACCUGAUAGAGUUAGCUGGCAGUUACCUGGUGGGCAGAAGAUCUACCACACUUCCUCCUGCAAAAAUGUGUCCCAUCUAAAAAUAUUUCUCUGUACUUCCACAAAAUUUAGGUGUAGUCUCCUUUCCCUUUUCUUUUCUUUUGUUGCUGGGUUCUUACAUUGUACAGACCACAAGAUGUAAUAUUCUUUUGUAUCACUACUAAAGAAAAAUCCUUGUAGAUUUCCGUGCCUUGAUUAUGGCUAUCCCUGUAAAAAGAAACGUGUUCUUGUUGUGCUCCACAGCUAGUGUCAAUGUUACCUUUAAAAGGCAAUGAAUGAUAGCUGUAGAAUUUAGAGUAUUUUUAUCAGGUAGUACUUUAUAAAAUCCUCCUUCGUAAGAAAAUGAUAGAAAUGGCACGUCCUGCCGCCACACCCUACCGACAACGGUGUGACGACGCCACAAGCUGCUGCAGCCACCUGCUUGCACUUCUCUGCGCUCAGCUGUACACACCUGAACUCGGCUCAAAGGCAAAACUGUCAUCUCAUCUUCCUUCAGAGAAUCAGGGGUCUUCAGCCCUUUCAGACAAUGUGUUUCUUGAUUGCUUUGCUGGUUCAAGACUUCUUCAGGCCUCCUAGGGGACACAGGGCAGCCAUUCCCUUAGUCAGAGCCUGGGGCACAAGCGCCAUCAGACAAACAUCAGAUAGACACAUGGGUGUCAAUGUGUGCACCUGACCCAGAGGAAGAAGGGCAGUGUCAAUGUACACCCAACAUACAUGGCUGUCCCGCACACAUGUAGGAUUUGCAAAUGCAACCUCAAAAGUUAGGGCACACAGUACAAAACUAGAUGCUUCACAGCCUGUCUAUAGUCACAGCUUUGACAGUAGUUCCCUUAGGUCUAAAGCAAUCCGUAAAGAUGUCUGAAGUUAAAUUCUCAAUACAAAUCCAGAAAAUCACCCCACUAACUGCCUCUUAAACAGUUUAAUACUUUUAAGUGCACUCUGUAAAUGAGCAUUUCGUGAUCCUUUAUAAAUUCAGACUUAAAUGCUGCUUCUCCAUGAAAGGAUGACAGCUUUACAAGCAGUCAGUACCACGUGUUCUCUUCAUCAGUUUUCUUGUUCACAAAGCUCUUCACCGAACUGAGACAUAAACAUGAUUUUUCAUUCCCCUAUACUUUCAAGGAAAAUGAAGAUGUAUCCACAUAAAAAAAUGAGGUUACAUAUUGUUGUUCACAUUAUUACUUAAUUCUCUACACCUCCUACUUAAAUGGUUGAGUUUAAAAAAUCCAGGUUGCAACUUUCUUGUGAUCCCUGAGUCACUGAAUUCAGAUGUAACAACGCAGCCUCCUGGAGAGAGUUACGCGGCUCUGCAAGUCUGCCUCUGGCUCAGCAGGGAAGUCUGUGAAGACAGGAUGUUGCUGCAAGGUGCACCUGUGUAGGGAGGCGGACGCUGGAGAAUCACUGCACAGGGGACAGAAGCAAGCCCACUGCUCACGUGCACACAUAACCCCGUGUGCGGCAGGGCUGCCAGGGGCCUUCCUGAGGAAGCAAGGACUGUGUUGUGCAUGCAAGCU